AUGUCUCUCUCUACAUCCGUCGUUGUUGCAUGUGUAUUGUCCACUUCCACCGCCGUGAAACGCAAACGCGAAGACGAGAUCCCUCGAGAUAAACCCAUGCCUAUGGCUAUGCUAAAAGAAAACGACGAGCAACCGCCUCCUCCAUCUUGGGAGGUUCUAAACGCUAUUAGCUAUUACAUGGACCCUGAGACUCUCGCUGUCGCCUCUUGCGUCUCGACCACGUGGCUAAAGUGUUUUUCCUCGGAGAAUCUAUGGAAGACCAUCAUGACCGCGCGGUCCUCGCAACGCUCUUGUCCAUACGAGAUUGCCUUGGAACACACGGAAGGGGGCAUCAUCUCGUACAAACGCCUCGUCUCCGCCGUUGAAAGAGACGCUAAACGUAGACGCAAAGGUCAGCCCGAGGAAGCCGUCAAGAUAUCACUCUCUGAUCUCAGCUUCAUCAUCCACGUGUCAACUAGAACAAAGAAAGCGUCGGUUUACAAAAAGGGUAAAGAUCUCGUGUUUGGUCCUAACGACAAGUUCCAGAUUGAAGUCGACGUAAGCAAGGCCGGUAUCACUGCCGGGGAAGAUGACGUGAGAGUGACGUGGCAGAUUAUGUACAAGGAGAAGUUCUUCACGGUGGCAGAUACUGCAAGAUCGUUGGACAUGAAGUAUGGGUGGUUCGUUGAUAAGCUCGAGUAUAAAGAUAACCGUAAGCUGGUAGGCGACGUUAAGACGACUUUUAAGGAGGAUGUUCUUGAGAAAAUUGGGUUUGCGAUAGUAGACUCGGAUGGUUGGGGGUCUCUGUUAGUUGACGGGUUUUUGAGGUAUCUUCAGCAGUUUUUGUUGGAAUAA